UCAAAUUUCACUUCUACUUUAUCUCUUUUGAACCAAAUAAAAUAUCUCUUGUGUUAUUCUAGUAUUGAAAACCUAGCACCUAUAUAUGUACUUUUCCAUAAUAUUGAAAUUUUAGUCUCAUUGUCCUUUUCCCCCCUAUUUUGUAUCUUAUUGCUAACACGUAGUAAACCUUUUGUUAAAUGUCUAAUUGUUAUACUAUGAUGGGAAGAAGCAGAUAUUGAGAAAAUUGUAUUACAAGCACAGUAUCGAUGGUUGCGUAAAGCUGAAAUUCGUCGAAUUCUCAGUAAUUAUAACAACUAUCGUAUUGCUUCAGAACCUCCAUGUAUGCCUACAAGUGGUUCACUUUUCCUAUAUAAUCGAAAGGUGGUGAAACACUUUAGAAAUGAUGGUCAUAACUGGAGGAAGAAUAAAGAUGGAAAAACUCUCCAGGAAAGCCAUGGAAAGCUCAUGGAUGAAGGUGUGGAAGUAUUACAGUGCUACUAUGCCCGUGGAGCGCAAAAUAAUAAUUUUUGUAGACGAAUUUAUUGGUUGAUUGAAGAGAAACUCUCACACAUUGUUUUAGUCCAUUAUCUGGAAGAGGAGGGAAAGAAGGCAAGUGUAAUAUGUUCCAAAGAAUACGAAGAAUCUAAUCCUUGUGCUCAACAAACAUACAAAGUUAUGGCCAACACAGAAAUGGAAACUUCUCGAUCGUCUAAUCUUCAUCCACAUAGUUACCAUAUUCAUUUGCAAACUAACGGUGCUCAAGCAUCAGAAUGUGAAGAAGCUGAAUUAGCAUUCAAUAGCGAAGCAAAUUCUGAUCUCCACUCUUUUCUUGAGCUGCAAUGCCCUGUUUCUCAGAAGAUUAAAACUCAACUCGUAGGUUCUAACUGUUCUCUACCACUCAAAGAUGAUCAAGAAAGGUUGCCUGUCUUUCGUCAGGUAGAUUAUAUCCCACUCAGUCAAGCUAAUGAAACCAGACACAUUAAUAAUGUUGGAUCGGCAUGUGAACCGUCAAAACUCCUUGGCUAUUAUUCAUCAUGGCAACAUAUCUUGGACAAUACUGCUGCAAGUUAUGACGAGCUUUUUCAGCCUUCUUUUCCUGAGAUACAAUCCAAUAACAUGGAAAUAAAUAGUACUUCUCAACAAUAUGAGGUAAUGGGGCAACCUUUUAGCAGCACCAUUACUAAACAGCAUCAGAAUGGAAGUCUUAUACAAAGUGUAGGAAAUUGGCAGGUAUUGGAUUAGUUAUACGGCAAAGAAAUAUGUGUCAUUCUGAUACUGGUCUGUAUAAGUACUUUAGGCAACGACUAUUUCUGCAAGUAAAAUUGAUACUUCA